GAAAGGAUAUCUCACCUUACAAAAACCAAGCAGAGGCUGUUGAUUAAUAUGCUUGCAUUACUAGUCAUUAACAAAAAUGGCUUCAUUUUCCUUUCCCAUUACCACUACUGCCUUUGUUAUCUUGCUUCUAAGUCUUACCUCCAAUGUGUUCAACAACUCAGCAGCCAAACACAGCCAUUCCUCCUCCGUUAAGGGCAUAAAAAACCCAAGGCUGCAAAAAGCCUACAUUGCUCUCCAAGCUUGGAAACGUGUUAUCUACUCUGAUCCUAACAACUUCACCUCUACUUGGGUUGGCCCUUCAGUCUGCAACUACACUGGCAUAUAUUGCGCGCCAUUCCCUAAUAACACCAAACUCCAAGUUGUUGCUGGCAUUGAUCUGAACCAUGCUGAUAUAGCCGGUUUCCUACCUGAGGAACUCGGUCUUCUCAAUGACUUAGCGUUGCUGCACCUAAACAGCAAUCGCUUCUGUGGAAUCCUCCCACUCUCUUUAUCCAACCUCACUCUCUUGCAUGAGCUUGAUCUCAGUAACAACAGAUUCGUAGGACCUUUUCCUAACGUUGUCCUCUCUCUGCCUUCCUUGAAAUAUCUUGAUCUUCGCUACAAUGAGUUUGAAGGGCCAUUGCCUCCUCCACUCUUUAGCAAAGAUCUCGAUGCUAUUUUCGUUAACAAUAACCGUUUAACUAACGUGAUCCCUUCAAAUUUAGGAUCAAGCUCUGCUUCUGUUGUGGUUUUUGCUAAUAACUACUUUGGAGGAUGCUUACCACCUAGCAUAGCCAACUUUGCAAACACCUUAGAAGAAUUGCUCCUUACUAAUACUAGCUUAUCAGGGUGUUUGCCUCCUGAAGUGGGAUUUUUAUACAAGUUAAAAGUUCUUGAUGUGAGCAACAACAAGUUAGCAGGGACAAUACCUUAUACUAUUGCUGGUUUAGCUCACUUGGAGCUACUAAAUUUAGCACACAACAUGUUUAGUGGAACUGUACCAGAGGGAAUAUGUGUAUUACCUAAGCUCUCAAACUUCACAUUCUCUUAUAACUAUUUCUGUGAGGAGCAAGGUAUUUGCAGCAACUUGACAUCAAAGGGCAUAGUGUACGAUGAUCGUCGAAAUUGUUUGCCAGAGAAGCCUCUUCAGAGAAGCAAGAAGGAAUGUGAUGCUGUGGAUGAGCAUCCCAUUGACUGUUUAGCAUUUCAUUGUGGCACUUGAUACUGUUUUCAUGUGUUGGUUCUACUGAAAAUGUGACAAAUUAGUACUAGCUUGAGUUUUCCUUGAACUUUUUUUUCAAAUUUAGUAGCCAAUGUGAAAAAAGAAUAAAGUCAAUAGCAACUCUGUAAAUAUGGUGUGUGAUUAAGCUUUUCUUAUGUUGGUAAUUUAACUUUGAUGCUGCUAUUAUGUGUUGUCCCAAAA